AUGGAACAUACUCAUUCGGAAGCACGCCUUCAUUUUCUCUGGUCAGCCGCACACACAGUGUUUCACGUAUCACCUAACCUUUCUGCUUUGUAUAUGAGCGAGUUCAAAAGGAAUGCUGGUGAAGUUCGUUUGAAUUUGGCGGACGGGGUUCGACGCAUAUAUUGUAGUUAUUGCGGGAGUAUUUUUGUUCCUGGGGUUAAUUGUAAAGUAUGGGUGGCUGAAAAUGGAGUUGUCAAGAAAAAAAGAACUCGUGUAAGGACUAAGAAAAAAAAGAAGGCACAACCUAGGAAAGGAAAUAAAGAAGAAAAGGGAGACAUGAACAUGAGAAUGAAAUUAGGGAUAAGGACAAAAGUGAAUCGUUAUAACAAAAAUCACGUAUCAUACUUGUGUCAGUUAUGUAACUAUGAGACAAGCAGCAAUAGUAAUAAAACAGCCAUUGCUGAUCCUACCACCUUUGCAAAAAAAUCACGCAAAAAGAAGAAACUAGAUCUUGCGAGUAAGAUAGAAAAUAAUGAACGUAACAAAAAAGAUGUCGAGCAAAAUAUUGGAGCAUUUUCCUUGACAGAUUUUUUAUCAUCUUUGUAA